UGUACAUUUUGAGGUUAUGUUGGUACAGGGUUAGAGGGUUAUGUGUCCCCAAUCCUGAGUCCACAAAAAAAAAUGGCAAAUUUCCGAUCAAUAUACAAAAUCCAAGUGUUCUUAACGAUCCUUGUUCACCUGACUGUAGCCCUGUACGAGGACCAGGUGGGCAAAUUCGACUGGAAACGUUCCUUCGUGGGCAAAGUGAAGUACGUCAGUAUCGAAGCGAAACGCAUAAUUGUGGCCACCGAGGAGAACGUUUUGGCCAGCCUAAACCUUAACUCGGGAGAGAUCCAGUGGCGCCAGGUUUUAGAGGACCCCACGCGUCACCAGAUCGAAUAUUUACGCGUGGAAAAAGACAUUUUAACAGUGUCCGGUGCCAAGAACACUUGGCUGGUGCGGACAUGGGAAAUCCACACCGGAACCUUGCUAAACGAAUGGACCAUCACUGGAGACCGUACAGUGAAAAGUGCCUUUACAGUCGACAAAGAUAAAUUGUACCAUAUAGUGCCAUUACUGGGCUCCCAAGUAGAAAUAACCAGUUAUACAUUAAAAGGUGUGAGAAGCGAGUUAAGGAAAGUUCCAGCACCGUGGACCAAAGAUGUAAAAGAGUGUGUCACUGCUAACAAUUACUUUGUGUGCACUACCAAUGAACACUUGCAUUAUUUAAACCUGCUGGAGCAGGAUGGAGAGUUUAGGGUUAAACCUUUGCAAGAAAUUGUCGAAGGGGUGGCAAGGAAUGUCGUCUUAGUACCAUUUGAUGGUGCCACCCCUGCCGUACUGGUGGUGCACAACAACGUAGCCAAACUGGUGCUAUUUCACGAUCAGAUUGUUAUUAAGGGUUACACUCUGUUGCCAAAUGCUGUAACGUUAGUCGAGCAAGGAAAAGAUGUCAUUUAUCAACUGGAAGCCAAUAGCAAUAAAGAGAAGCUUAUUAAAGUAAAAUCCAAGGAUUUCCACACAGGUGAGGACCAACACUCGGUGGACCUAGACUACCCGUUAGGCCUGGGCGCCCCCAUAAUCCUGGGGGCAAAGUCCGUGGGCGCGGAAACCCACUUGCUGUUAAGCACCACCGACAACGCCCUACUCCUAGUACGUCUCCCGGAAGGGAAAAUCCUCUGGACACGGGAGGAGGCGCUCGGCAGCAUCGUGGCCGCCGAGUUCCUGGAACUGCCGGUCUCCGAGCUGGACGCCUCGAUAGAGCACGAGUUCGACGGCGAGCAGGACGUUCUCUCGAUGUUCCUGCAUCGCGUUUCGACGCAGUUCAAUCAACUUUACGGGGUUUUCUUCGGCAAUCAGUUGCUCGUUAAUAACGGUCUGGUCAGAGACGAGUUCGGGUUGCAUAAGUUCAUAAUCGUGGCCACCAGGGCCGGGAAACUGUUUGCAAUAGACACUAUAUCGGGCAGUAUCGCGUGGACUUAUCGGUUGCCUAACGUGCAGCCCUUCUUAGGGCUGAACGGGGAGGAGAGCGUGCUGCUGUUGGUGCAAAGGGGGGCCCAGUACGCCCCGUUGCCCGCCCAAUGUUCCUUGGUCGCCCAAGAUUCCGUCUCUGGCAAAGGGGUUUUGUUCCAGUUCGAUCCGAUUAGUGGGUUUUCAUCCGAGGGGGUGCAGCGGUUGAAUUUCAGGGUGACCCAAGGGGUUCUUUUGCCCCAUCCCGAUAAAAAUUACCUCAAACCCUUGGUGCUGUUGUCAGACUCGGGGGCAAAGGUGUAUCCCCCAGAGGCCCAGGUGCCUCCUCGCACUUUUCUGUAUACGGUGGACCAAAAAACGUCCAGUUUGCACGGGUUUGUUUUGGAUAAUGGCUCAGACCUCACUCCCUUGUGGGAGGUGAGGUUGCUCCCCUCGAAAAUCACUGGGGUGGCCAUGAAACCUGCGAGCGAAAGAGUGCAUUCGCAAGGGAAGGUUUUAUACGAUCGCUCCGUUUACUAUAAGUACGUUAAUCCGAACAUUUUGGCCGUGGCCACGGUUACCCCGGACCCGAUUCAUCGCAGCGUGGUCACAAUCUUCCUUAUAGAUGGCGUCACCGGUUUCAUAACUUACUCCGCCUCCCACAAGAGGGCCAGGGGCCCCGUACUGCUGGUCCACUCGGAAAACUGGCUCGUCUACAGUUUCACCAACGACAGAUUCAGACGUACGGAGGUGGCGGCCGUCGAGCUGUACGAGGGCCACACCCAGACCAACAGUUCCGUCUUCAGUUCGUACGCGGUCAGUCAGUUGCCCCUCGUACAGACCCAAAGUUACAUUUUGCCCGUCGUCCCCGUGAAAAUGACCGUGACCUUAACCGAGAGGGGCAUAACCAACAAAUUUCUGCUGAUGGCGCUGUCCAACGGGGCCGUAAUGGAAAUCCCGUGGCUGUUACUGCAGCCCCGGUUUCCCGGCAUGCCCUGCGGCCCGGAGGAGAGCUGCAUCCCGUACAUGCCGGAGAUCCCGGUGCCCCCGGAGGCCGUCAUCAAUUACAAUCAGACGUUGGAGCGGGUGCGGGGGAUCGAGGUGGGGCCCGCGAAGUUGGAGUCCACCUGUCACGUGUUGGUGCACGGGUUGGAUCUGUUUUAUACGCGGGUCGCGCCCUCGAAGACUUUCGAUUUGCUGAAAGAGGAUUUCGACUACAGACUGAUCGUGUUGGUGUUGUCCGGCCUGGUGGUCGCCUCGUUCGUUACGAAAUAUUUGGCGGGAAAGAAGAUGUUGAAGCAGGCUUGGAAAUAGUUCACGAUUUAAGCCAUUUUUUUUUUUUGGGAAAUCGGUCGUGUGGCGUUAGUUUAAAAGCAUUUCAAGUCAUUAUAGAUAAUACCUAAGAUGUAUAAAAGCGUACUGUUAAUUUAUUAUUAGUAGGUUAAUAAUAAUAAUAAUGUGGAUUUUUUAAUGCAACUAGUGAAUAUUCUUGUGCGGGUGAUUGAAUAGGCAAUGGACGUUUUUUUCUUUUGUAAAAAGUAUUGUAAUUUAUUGUUAUACAUUUUGUGAUGACAUACACAAUAAAAGAUAUUAAAAAAA